AUGACUAGAACGCCAAGAGGUCGAAGCGCAGUAGCCUGCAAGGCCUGUCAUACACAAAAGCUCAAGUGCAAUGGCGGAGCACCAUGUGAGCGAUGUCAAACCCGGGGGAGGCCCUGCGUUUACCCCGUAAGAGAGAAAUACAUCACGGUCCCUCAAAGUUAUUUGCGGAGACUCGAGAGACAGCCAGCAGUGGCGCAACGAUCGGGAGAUCCGAUCUCAUCGCCAGAGUCGGUACGAACGGAUCCAAACGAGUUUGCGACGCCGCUCUCGCCCAAGUCUAGUCAGAUUAUCAAGGAAGAGGAAUUGGAAGAUUGUAGUGCAGAGUUUUUCGUGAAGAGGCUCCGACAACUUUCGUGGACAGCAGCAUCCGGUGAUCCGACCAGCAAACAGACUAGGGAGUCUACCGGCACAAAUGCCGAGAGCUACACAUAUUCUCGGCUGAAGUUCGAUUUUCUACAAUCUGAAGUCUCAUUUCGACUCCCGCCCCGACCAUAUGCGUUCCACCUACUCCAGGCCUUUGAUGAAGGCUUCAGUGAAUAUCACUGGUUCCUCCGCAAGAGGUUCCGAGAAAGGAUCCUCUUGACCUACUCGGACCCGCAGUCGCAAUCUCACGAUCGCAACUGGUUGUGCAGGGUCUCAGUUGUCUUGGCGCUCGCUGAGAGCUGGAAUCGAUCUCGAAUGUCCUCAGCUGUCCACAUGGAAAUUGCAGGGAAGCAUCCGACCAGUCCACCGCAAAAAGGAGCUGCUGUUCCCUUGACUUUGCCUCCACAUUCUCACUCAACGUCGCAAACACUGCCGCCACCUCCCGGGUCAGAAUUCUUCGAACAAGGGUUGAUGCUUCUCAAGAUGUCUGCGGAAGAGCCUGUGCCAGAAGAUGUAGAGGCACUUUGCUUGAUUGAGCUAACGGUUGUCUGCCCAGCCAAAUUCGGAUACUGGGAAUCUCUCCACCUAUUCUCCGGUCUUGCAAUCCUCGCCCUCGCCCGAGUCUCCAUCGAGGAAGGUAAAGAUUUCAACCCAAACAGCGAAGACGACGUAGCACUCUACACGCGGACACGAGCACUGCUCAGAGAAAUGGCUCGCGUCGGCAACCCCGCGGCCAAAGAUCACGAUGUCUUGCUCUCAGAUGUUGAGGCAAUGGUGAAGAGAAUCUCACGAGAGGAAAAGACAACACCGCGGCAAUUUAGUGUCGAGGAGGCUGAUGGCAAUGUGGAAAUGGAGACUGAUCUGACUUUCUCGGAUUUCAUGUUCUCUGAUGGAAAUGCCGACCAACAGAUCUGGAGUGAUAAGGACUGGGAAAGUAUUUUGAGCACAUAUACGCAAGGAAUUUGA